AAGAAAGGCAGAUGAAAUGAAGUCAAAGUGUCACUGAUUUUUGCCUGUCCAUGGAGAGAAGAUUGCUGAUUUAGAGUCACUCUGGCCUACCUAAGACUAUCUGACAUGGGAAUAUAACUCCAAGGUAAUUAUGGAUCUGAUCAACUUCACCAAUUUGCUCAAUGUCUCCACUCUAGUAAGAAACAGCACUCACUUUCCAGCUCCUGCCUCAAACGUGAUCAUUGCCCUUCUUCUGUACUUGUCAGUUAUAAUUGGUACCAUCACCAACGGGCUCUACCUAUGGGUGCUCUUUUUCAAGAUGAAAAAGACUGUCAAUACGCUCUUAUUUUUUCAUCUCAUUUUCUCGUAUUUUAUUUCAAUAUUGAUUCUACCAUUUAUAGCUGCCUCCUACCUUCAGGACAAUCACUGGAGCUUUGGAACUGCCAUGUGCAAGGUCUUCAAUGCCACUUUGUCUACAGGGAUGUUCGCCUCUAUUUUCUUCCUCUCAGCCAUCAGUGUUGACCGUUACCUUCUCACUCUUCACCCAGUGUGGUCACAGCUGCACCGAACCCCACGCUGGGCUUCCAGGAUCAUCCUGGGAAUCUGGAUCUCUGCCACAGCCCUCGGCAUGCCUUAUUUGGUUUUCAGAGAGACACAUGAUGACCAUAAAGGAAGAGUGACCUGCCAAAAUAACUAUGCUGUGUCUACUAACUGGGAAAGCAAAAAGAUGCAAACAUUCAGGAAAUGGAUUCAUGUAGCCUGUUUCAUUGGCCGCUUUUUGCUAGGCUUCCUUCUGCCUUUCUUUACCAUCACCCUUUGCUACAAAAGAGUAGCCAACAAGAUGAAAGAGAGGGGCCUGUCUAGGUCCAAUAAGCCCUUCAAAGUCAUGAUGACUGCCAUUAUCUCUUUCUUUGUGUGCUGGAUGCCCUACCAUGUGCACCAGGGCUUAAUCCUCACUAAGAACCAAUCAGUACUUUUACAGUUGACUCUGAUACUUACAGUCAUAACCAUUUCUUUCAACGCUAUUUUUUCUCCUACACUCUACUUGUUUACUGGGGAGGACUUCAAAAAUGUUUUCAAGAAGUCCAUUCUUGCUCUGUUUGAGUCAACGUUCAGUGAGGACUCUUUGAUAGAAAGGAUACAAAACCUAAAUUCAGAAGCCUACAUUUAA